UAGACGCCCGUCGACUGCUCACUCCUCCAUUAAACAUCCUUCUCCCUGAUCUACAUACGUACAUACGGCUUGACUAGAGCUAAUCAAAGGAGAGCCUAGCUAGGAGAAUUGUGGUUCUGUGGCGAAGGGAGAGUGUGGUGAGGGAGAAUUGGCGAAGGGGAGAUGGGGAUGAGACCUGGGUGGCUGGGCGGGCUGGUGGAGGAGAGCUUCUUCGUGGCGUGCGAGGCGCACGAGAGCAGGAAGAAGAACGAGAAGAACAUCUUCUGCCUCGCCUGCUGCACCAGCAUCUGCCCGCACUGCGCCAACGCCGCGCACCGACACCACCCGCUGCUCCAGGUACGGAGGUACGUCUACAACGACGUGGUGCGCCUGGGCGACCUUGACAAGCUCAUCGACUGCUCCUUCGUUCAGCCCUACACGAUCAACAGCGCCAAGGUGAUCUUCCUCAAGCCGCGGCCGCAGUCCAGGCCCUUCAAGGGCUCCGGCAACAUCUGCCUCACCUGCGACAGGAUCCUCCAGGAGCCAUUCCACUUCUGCUGCCUCUCCUGCAAGGUGGAUCAUGUGAUGAUGCAGGGCGGCGACCUGUCCAACAUCCUCUACAUGUCCGGCGAGCCCGACCUGGCCUGCUUCCCGCGCUUCGAGAACCUCCACGUCGGCAGCUCCUCCGCGGACCUCCUCGACUACGACGCCGCACAGGUCACCCCAAACUCCAUCCUCGAGGACCCCACGCGUCGCUAUCACGAGAGCAGCGGCGUCAGUGGCGGCUCCAGCAACGGCGGCCGCCAUGCUCGGCGCGCUAGCGUGGGAACCGACCAAGCAGCCGGUGCUGCCAGCGACGUCCCGAGGAAGAAGAAGUCCGGCGGGUUCUUCCCGCAGAUCGUGCUCUCCCUCAACAACAGGAGGAAGGGCGCGCCCCAUCGAUCACCGUUCGCCUGAUCUGGCGUCACGGACCGUUCAGUACAGAUCGAACUGCCCCCCUAUAUAUGUGUCUAUCAGUCUAUGUCUAGUAUGUUGUUAAUUACUAGUGCUACUGUAGAGUACCUUAAUCCUAUGAUUAGCCGUGUAGAGAGAGAGUGAGAAGGGUGUUCUUGGUUGGUGAUCAGAGGAGAGAGAUGGCCGUUGCUCCUAGGGCUAUCUUAGCGCAGGUGCUUUGAAGAGACUUGAGAGGAGAUAGAGAAUUAGCUUUGCUUGCUUGCAACUCUCCCCUGUUACGGAACUAGGUAGCCGGCACAGGCUUUGCGGGUCUUCUGGUCCCAAAAGGUGUCUGGCUACCAAUUUUGUACUUGAUGUAACGGGGUUAGAGUUUGCUCGCACGCACAUGCAAAUCACACUUCCAUGACUAUAUAUAUUGUCCCCACAUAUGUUACAUAGUGAUUGUGUUGUGAA